AUGGACUUCGCGUUCGCUCACCACCAGGCCGCCCGCCGAUUCCAACAGCAUGGGAUCGGGUUCGGCCGGCUGAUGUCCUCCAGUGGGCAAUUGGCGGGCCAGGCGAUCGGUUCGGUCGCUUCGGGCACGAUCUCCGGCGCUGCUCGGCUGGCGAGCGGCUGCGCAGCUGGAGCCAGGAGUGCUUGGACAGGAGCGCGCGCGGUGGAACUCGUGCCGGCGACUGCCGCCGAGCCCCACGAGGCGCCAGCUGUGCUCCGCCCCAGGGCCCUCGAGGAGUACUACGACGCCUCGGAGGCAGGGAGCGCGAGCGCAGGAGCAGCAAGAGCAGCAACAGCGACUGCGGAGCUCAUGACGGAGUUCCGCCGGAUGCGGCAGGAGCUGAAUGACCUCAAGGCCGAGAACCAGCGCCUUCGCGAUGGUACCGCGGACGGUGCGGAAGGUGCGGGCCAGGAGGGACCAGGAUUUGCAACGCCUAGCCAGAGGACUGAGGACCAGACCUCGGCAGUGGCAGCGUCAGGUCAGGAGGAGGAGGAGAUAGAUAGGCUGCUCAACAUCGUGGGGGCCACGGUGGACCAGCAGGUGAGGCAGGAGAGUCGCCAGGACGAUGGCGGUGCUGCGGCGGUUGAGCCCGCGGACCUUUUCCUCCUCAUCUCGGAGCUCAAGGUGUUCAGGGCGAUCUUCUUGGAGCUGCGGGCGUUGGAGGGCUCGGAGGACUGGGAGGCCAAGGAGGAGAAGUUUUUGGACCACCCAGAGGCUGCGGAGGGCAUCCAGGAGGUUUCGGAGGAUAUCCAGGAGGCCGCGGAGGACAUCCAGGCGGCUGUGGAGGACCAGGAGGACCAGGCGGAGGAGGCCUCGGGCCGCCCGCAGGCGCAGGAGGACCUGAGCGCCCCGAUGGCUUUCCAGGACACGCUGGCCAAGUUGAAGGCCGCGGAGCUCCCGAAGUUGGAGUGGAAGGGAGGUGUCAAGGAGAAGCCGGGCAUCUUCGAGAGCUGGCUUCAACGCAUCACCAUGGACCUCGGCGGCAUGCACUACCUCAUCGAGCGGUACUGGGAGAAGGUGCUGGAGGUCGUGCAGGACGCCUACAUGAGCUAUCUUCGGCAUGGGCCGUUGGAUCGCCCUGCGAUUCGUCCUGCUCAGCCCCGUCAGUGGAUUGAUGCCAGGCUGGACGCUAUAAAUUUCAACAGUUGCGAGUUGAGGUUAAGAGGGAUCUUGAUGGCGUUGGUGCCAGAUGGCGCCAGGCAGGCGUGCUUGAGCACGAGGCAGACGGCGACCACCGACAUCGUCUUCGCCGCCUACGUGGACGCAGGCCCGGGGACAGGAACUGACAAGGACUUCGCGCUGAACGCCGUGGACACGGCGAAGGAGGUGGAUACGAGGCUGGUGUACGAGGAGUUGCAGAAAUGGAAGUUCGCAGCGACUCGUCUUGCUCGGAUGGGCGUGACGCCGCCGGACCCGAGUCGACAGCUGGCCUCGCUGAAGAAGAUCGUCAACUGGAUGCUCGAGAAGGACCAGGAGGUCAAGCACCGGCACUUUGCGUUCAUCGUGAGCCGCAACAUGACAGGAGGUCUCAUCAGCCAGGCUCAAGUGGAUGAGUUGUGGCGCUACCUGUCGGCCGAGGCUCGCGAGUUCGCCGGCGUUGGCCCUGAUAAAGAGAAGUUGGACCCUGCUGCCAAGGCCGCCAGAGCGGAGGCAGCACGACUCGCUAGAGCCUCCAAGGGGGAUCCGAAAGGAGGUAAAGGGGACCCCAAAGGAGGUAAGGGCGACCCGAAGGGCAAGGGCGACAAGGGCGGCAACGGCGGCAAGGCCAAGACCGACCAGAGCGCCUCCGGGAGCCCUCCCAAGAAGGUCUGCACGUUCUUCGAGACGGCCGAGGGCUGCUCGAAGGGGGCACUGUGCACGUUUGGCCACCGCAAGUUGGCCCCAAGCGAUGGGAAGUGCUUCAACUGCGGUGCGACGGCUCACAAGUCGUCGCAGUGCACUCGGCCAAAGGCGGCGGCGAAGGCAGCGCAGGCUCCUCCCUCGAAUGCCCAGGCGUCUUCCCCGACUCCAAAGACCCCGACGGGCACGGUCGAGCAGGUCGCGGCGCAGACGGCCCGAGCUGAAGCUCGUGCCGAGCUGUUGAGCCUGCUGCAGAUGGGGGACGCGCUGCAGCCUCCAUCGACCUCGCGGGCUGCUGUUGCCAGCGAUUUCUGGGACUCGGUUCCGAUGUCCCCGGAGGCCUCUCCGAGAACAUCCCGCACGGGCGGCCCCGCUGCGAGGACAGUGAGCGUCCGCGCGAAGGUGAUGACGGCCGGCGGCAAGCGGAUGCUGCUGGCGGAUACUGGAGCCACCCAUGAACUUCGAGGAGUGCGGGACCUGACCGACGUUCACCCCCGAGCUCACGACGUGAGGCUGAAGACGGCCACCGGAGAGCAGCCCGCCAAGAUGCACAAGGAGAUCGUGUACGUGAAGGGCGAGGGCCUCCAGGGGCUGUUCCCGCUGGCAGCAUACAUCGAGCAGCUGGAGCUCGAGAUGGCGUGGAACACCGCGGAGUGCAAGGUUCGCAUGCGCGAUGGUCGGGAGUUGCAUCUUCAUCGCGAUGGCGGCUCGAUCUAUAUCUCGGAGGAGGACGCCGACGUGCUCGGGACAGCGCGGCGUGCGCAGCAGAGACACAAUUUUCGAGCGUGGCUCGUCGCCUUGGCUCGCAACCUCCAUGGGGCGGCCGAGCUUCAGAGGCACCGCGAGGAGGGGCACUUGAAGUUCCUCGCUUCGUGCAGGGAGUGCCGAGGAGCGGCAGGGCGUCAGAGGCAGCACUUCAGGCACGAUGUCUCUACCAGACCUGGUGGCCAGCUGAGCGUUGACCUCUCGGGCCCUCACUUGCCAGGGAGGUGGCCCUCAGGGCGGCCGGAGGACGUCCCGAAGCAGGCCGUCCACUUCGUGCUGGGCGCGUUCUCGGUGAUGAGCGAGACGGAGAUGGAGGUGUCGCGGAAGCGCGAGGAGGAUGCUAAGAGAGGUGCUGCUGCAGGAGGUGUUCUUCAGGACGAGGGGCAGAGAGCCGAGAGCAGUGGUGACUUAGUUGCGCGAGUUGCCGCCGCGUUCGGGGUGGAUUCCUUGGACGGGCUCUGCUUGCCAGUGAACGCGGCGGCUGUGAGCUCGACUUGCAUAAAGGCCCUCGAGCGCAUCAUCGCCCAUAUCCGCUCGAAGUUCGAGGGCGCGGACGUGGUGUACAGGAUCCACGGGGACCGGGCGAGCGAACUCACAGGGGCGCUGGUGAAGGAGCACUUCGCCAAGAAAGAGGCGGUGGUAACAUCCACGCCUGGCUUCGAGGCCGAUGCAAACGGCCGCGCCGAGAAGGGAGUGGGCCUCGCGAAGCUGAGGGCUCGCGCAAUGCUGUUGUCCUUCUGGAGGACCGCCAGGUGUCCUGCAUUUGGCGACCGGGUGGCGUCUCGCGUCAGGGACGUGCCCCGGUCGACGCUGUCCGAGAGGGCCGUGGAGAGUAUUUUCUUGGGCGUGGACCUUCAAUCGCCCAACGCGUGGCUUGUUGGUCGCAAGAACGUCAAGCAGAAGCGACCAGAGCUCAGGACAUCAGCUGCCCAGCGUGCAGAGGGCAGCAUAGGAAUCAUACGAGGGACGAGCGUUGUCGCCUCGGACCGCUCCUCCGAGACGCUGGCGGUGGAGGAGCUUUUGAUCGUGGCGACGGUGAUGCAUUCUCGUGCCCAGCUUGCCGAGGGCGUCAUGUGGCUCACACUCGCGACCACCGUUGCCGACGAGGCCCAGGAGGAGAUCGCAAAGGACGGCGGGGCGCAGGUGAUGAGCCAGAAGUCGGUGAACGCCAGCUUCGGCGAGGAGCGCGAGGGCUGGAGACAGGCGCUCCAGGAAGAGCUGGACUCGUUGCGGGAGAAGGACAUACUGCCGAUGUCGACGGCGUUCGCCAAGAAGCCUCCUGACGAGGCCGGUCUCCGGAGGAAGCGUGCACGAGCAGUGGUACGUGGAAACUUUCAGCCGGUCGUGGGCGAGGAGGAGCUCUACACCGCGAGUGUCGACAUCGGAUCGUUGCGGGCGCCCCUCGCCCUGGCUGCGACGAGCGGGCGGCGCGUCGGAGCUCUCGACGUCAAGACGGCAUUCCUCAACGCCGACCUCCCCGUCGACCACAGGGAGAUCUUCGUGAGGCCGCCGGCAGCUUUCGUGAAGUUCGGCCUGGUGCCUCCCGGGGAGGUGCGGCGAGCCCAGGAAGCGAUCUAUGGGCUCCAGGCAUCGCCCCGAGCAUGGGCUGAGAAGCGGGACCACGAGCUCCUGAAGAUGACGGUUGAGCUCGAUGGCCGCCGAUGCCGGCUGCAGCAGUCGUCUGCCGACCCAGCUGUUUGGGCGGCUCGCGACCAGGAGACCGACGAGACGUUAGGCCUCCUCCUCGUGUACGUGGACGACUUCAUUCCAAUGUGCCCGAAGGGCUUGGCUGAGGCCCUCAAUGCUGCAGUGUCGGAAGUUUGGGCCACGAAGCUCCAGGGAGUUUUUGGGCCGUCGGAGCCUGGCGUGCUCAAGUACCUCAGCGUCGACAUCAACGUUGGCCGCGAGGGGAUUUCUCUGUCACAGUGCGAGUGCACCGAGGACAUGCUCCAGAAAUGGGGCCUCGGCGCAUGCACGCCGACCGGAGGCCUCAACCUCGAGCGCGAGUCUUUCGAGAACUUCGAGGGCGACGCGGACGACCCCCCAGAGACGGGCCAAGUCCGGCUAGCCCAGAGGAAGACUGGAGGCCUCCUGUGGCUGGCAUCGCGAACUCGGCCAGACAUUUCUUUCGCUGUCAGUAGGGCCGCUGCGUUGUCCACCAGGCGCCCCGCCGAGGCCCUCAUGAUAGGCAAGCGGGUCCUUCGAUGCCUGGCUGGCACCCGUGGCUUCGGUCUGUUUUACGCGGCGGGCAGCGCGGGUGACACCGAGGAGACCGACGAGAUUGCGCUCAAGGUCUGCACCGAUGCUUCGAUGGAGGAGGCCGGCGCCCAGAGCGGGGUGGUGACCACCAUGUUUGGCCAAGUCGUGGAUUGGAGGAGCACCCGCCAGGCGGUGGGGCCAUUCAGCACCGCCGAGGCGGAAGUCGAAGCAAUUGCGGUCGGGGAGAGGAUGCUGGGAGCUACGAGGGCUACCUUGGAGUCGCUGGGAUUCCCAGUGUCGCCGGAGAUGCUCGGCGACAACGCGGCUGCGAACUUGGUGUCGUCAGGGCAGGGGUCGUGGAGGAUCAGGUCCCUGACAACAAAAGUGCACGCGGUGCGCUCGCGCGUGCAGAGAGGUUUGCUGAAGAUUACUCAGGUAGGCACCGCUGACCAGCGCGCCGAUGGGUUGACCAAGUCAGGCGGCCCGAAGGCGAUGUCAACUUUCAGGGCUGGUUUGGGCCCUGGUCGCGAAGGCUCCGUGUCCGAUGAGGACCGGCACGGAGAGGAGGAGCGUGAAUCGGGGGAGCUCCGGACAUACCCGCCGCGCGCGUCGGGAGCAGCAGCAUUCAGCUAG